UCCAUAAAUAAAUAAAGUAAUAAGUACUACUCUUCAAAUCACGUCCACUCACUUUCUCCGUUUAUCACUCUCAAAAUCUCGCCGGAGCUCCAGAAUACUUCACAUUUCACAGUAAAACAAAACAAGAAAUACCAAGAUAAUCUCCCUCUCUCAGUCUCUCUAGCCUGGAAUAUUCAUACUUUUCACAGGAGAGAUGUUAAGAUCGGUUACCAGAGGACAUUUCUUGGGACAUUUGAAAGGGAGCGCUGCGCAUUCCUUCCACAACCGUCUCGGAUUCGCUUCUUCCAACGCACCGACUGGACGUCUCAGGUUGGAAGGUAAGGUCGCCUUGAUCACAGGCGGUGCAAGUGGGCUUGGCAAGGCGACGGCCCAAGAGUUCAUCCAAGAAGGAGCUAAGGUCAUAAUCGCUGACAUCAAUGCGGAAGUCGGCCCACAAUUGGCUACAGAUCUCGGCCCACAGGCUCACUUCGUUCACUGUGACGUUGUUAACGAGUCUCAGGUAGCAGAAGCCGUAGACUUCGCGGUAGCACAUUACGGUAAGCUAGAUAUAAUGUACAACAACGCUGGAAUUCCCGGUGCAUUGACUCCUCCAGGCAUUGCCAACCUUAACCUGGAGGAAUUCGAUCGUGUCAUGCGAGUCAAUGUACGUGGCACCGUCGCCGGAAUUAAACACGCGGCCAGGGUAAUGGUGCCCUUGAAAAGGGGCUCCAUACUCUGCACGUCAAGCAUUAGUGGGCUCUUGGGUGGGCUUGGGCCGCACCCCUAUACGGCGUCCAAGUUUGCAAUAGCUGGGAUCGUGAAGUCUGCUGCCAGCGAGCUAUGCAAGCAUGGGGUCCGCAUCAACUGCGUAUCGCCAUUUGUGGUUCCCACGCCCCUGGUGGUGGACAGGCUGGUGGCAUCCUAUCCGGGCAUAGGAGAUGAAUGGAUAAGGAAGAUGAUAGAUGGAUUAGGGGAGUUGCAUGGGGCAAGGUGCGAGGAAAUAGAUGUUGCUCGGGCCGCCGUGCAUUUGGCAUCCGACGACGCAAAAUAUGUUACAGGUCAUAAUCUGGUGGUAGACGGAGGCUUCACUUGCUUUAAGCAUCUUGGAUUCCCUAGACCAGAUCAGAUUUAGCAGAGUGCGAGGCCAAUACUUUCUACUUGCAUGGGAAUCGGAGAUAUGAGUAGACUCCUCUGUAUGUUGUUCUUGCUAAUGCUAUUGCUAGUACCUAGUAGUUACUAAAAUGUUGACCCUUUAUUAUAUAUGAAGUCUUCUGCAUCAUA